AUGCCGAUCCUUAAGAAACUACCCAGAAGGUCCAGGAGUAACCAUGACAACGGUGAUCUUAAUCUACAGGGUAACCACAGCAACAAUGAGCUCAUCCUGCCCCCAUGCAGCCUUAACCCAUUCGAAGACCCAGAACCAGAACUGGGCCCUACAGAGGAGGGGCGGGGCCAGUACCCAGCAGUGAGGUCAUCACGAGAUGACGAAGUGUUGGAGAAUGAGGUGAAUGCGGAGCUGCAUGGCGUGUCAAAGAUCAUAGAUCACAGGUCAAAGGGCAACUCACCGCUGAGAGGGACCCUGGGGCGCCUGUGUAGCUCCUCUCCCGUGAAGACCCUGGGCAAGCUCAGCAAGGGCUUGCGCUUUCCUGGCCGCCACAUGUGGGGAAGCAUGUCAUCCACGUGGAGCGCCAGCUCGCCAGCCGCUUCAGCGAAGGAGAAGAAGAAGAAAAAUAAAAAUAAACGAGGAACAUCUGAGGAAAUCAUGACCCUGCUGAGACUGGCAGGUCGUAAAGUAAAGAGUGACCGUAGGGAGAGUCUACCUGUGGGAGAUCUGCAUGGUGAGGAGGAUGAGGAUGACAGCGCUCACCGUCGGCCUUCGUUUCUGCGGAGCCUGAGCAAGCUGACAGGAGACUCACUCUCAAACUCCCUAGAGGCUGAGAAGGAGAAUCCAGAGGAGAGCCAAGUGCCAACGCAGGGAACCGCUCUCAGGUGUGUGUGCCAAACGCAGGGAAUCAUUCUCAGGGUCUGUGCCAAAUGCAGGGAACCACUCUCAGUACUUGAAAUUCUACAGUUGGUGAAUCAGAGAGACCUCCUCCUUGCUGAUGCCCACAUCCAAGAGCUGGAGAGAGAGUGUGCACUGGACCCUGUUCUCUUCGCACAGACCUCACCCAUUGCAACCACACCCACUGAAACCACACCCAAUGUCAUAACAGCUCCUCCACCCAGUUCUCCGCUGUGGUUCCCCCUAGUGGGAGGCCUGUUUGAUGACGAGACCCCGAGUGCGUUGGACGCGAGUCUUCGGAAGGCCAAAGAUGUCGAGCUGUUGUAUGAAGCGCUGCAGAGAGAAAUGUGGGAUGUGGUGCGGGAGUCACUACGGCAACCCUGUGCCGGCCCCCAGCUCGGACUUGUAGUCCUUGUCAUCCAGCAGGAAGAACAUGCUGACCACAUCUGGGCCUUGCGCCAGGAGGCACAGCCUGGCCUCCAGCAGGGGGAACAGCAGCUCUACAGGGGCAACCACCCUGACCUGCACGAGGGGGUUCGCUCCAACAAGCGGCCCAGGAAGCUGAGGCAAAAGUGGGCAGAGGCAGUGGGUGAGGCUGCUGAUUGGUCCUUGCCACAGCCGGGGGGUGUGGCUGCAGGACAGCUGGCCGUGUUUUUGGAGCGGUUGAGGGUGCGGGUUGUGGAGGAUAUGGAUGCUGUCCGGAGGAAUGUGGCGGCGGUGUACCCGACGGAGUUCGCUGUGUUUCAGGUGUACAUGCAGAGUUACCACUCAGCUGUGGCCAGACGUCUUAGAGACAUUACUACUGGCCCUGUACACAUCACUGACAUCUACUCACUGCUGGACUGGGUCUACAACAUCUACAACAGGGAUGUUCUGGCCACAGUGGGGGUGAUGGGGUCUAUAGAUUGUGCUGCUCUCCUGCCGCUGCUGCCCGCUGAGGUCAUCAACAGUUUGGAACAGGAGUGUCUCGACACCAUCACGGAUAAGGUAAACACAGAUCUGUCUCAGGUUCUAGAGGAUGAGGAGAAGAAGUGGACUCAGGCAUUACACAUUGAAGAGUACCAGUCUGGCUUAGCACGUUCAGUCAUACAGAGACUGAAGGUGGAUCUGGACCGGUCCACAGGUGUCAGUCAGCCUCUAGGGGCCCGAGUAUCUCGCUGUACUCUGAGUGCUUUUGCCCACUUUCUCCACAGUUUCCAGAGAAAAGCAGAAAUGUUCCAUGAGACUCAAGCAGAGUUCAGGGACUGGCCUGAUGGUUAUGUCUCUCGGACCAUCGCACUGGCUAAUUGUGUCCCCCCCUUCAGGAGUUUUGUGGAGUGCUGUAGGCGGUGUGAUCCCCUGGGAAGUGAGGAUUCUUCCCAGUGUGCUCAUUCCUCACUUGAACGCAUCGUUAGUCAGUGUGUUCGCGUUCUUACCGACAGACUGUUCGAAAAUAUCAGGCCGUUCUUUGACAAGCUGCUCCGGAGGAAAUGGCUAAAUAACUCUGAGGCCUACGACAACAUCGAGACCACCAUCAAACUUCAUUUUAAGACAUUCCGCAGGAUGGACUGCCCUCCCUAUCAGACACUUGUGAACGAGGUGCACAGGCGGGUCAUUGUGGAGUACGUGCGUGCCAUCAUGAGUGGGCGGGUCAUCUGCACAUCACUCAAAAUGAGGAAGAGGCUAGCAUUCCGUUUGCAGGACGAGGCAAACCAGCUCAAAGCGCUCUUUAAAGACCUGGAGUCCACCUGUACAUGGCUGGAUGAUGUCAUUGGUCACUUGGCUGACAUCAUUCUUCUGGAGGACACGCCCUCUGUUCAGAUAGAAGUGGCUGUGCUAGUGAAGGGGUUCCCAGAUAUACGGACAAAGCAUCUCUCGGCUGUGCUGAACGUGAGAGGGAUGGUCCAGCAGUCAGGACGUCAGGAGAUCCUCGCUGUUCUCCGUGAUUUUGAGAACAGCAAUAACCCUGUUCAUGUACCCAGAGACCAUGCCCUGUUUUCUGAGGUUGCUGUGGCAACAGACAUGCCCUGUCUGAGACUGGUUCUUAUUCGUUUUGCACUGACAGUGUCAUCGUGGGUGUCCAGUGCACGACCUCGCAGGAAACACAAAAACCAAAGAGCAGGUGCAUCCCAGAGAGAAGAUGAAGGUUAAAGUUUUGAGGUUGGAGGUUACACAAGUCAAUUAGUAACCAGUCAACUGUUACACAAGUCAACUAGUAACCAGUCAACUGUUACACAAGUCAACUGGUAACCAGUGAACACAUCAUACAAACCAACCAAGUCAACAUAUUAUACAGCCAAAAUAUUAUGAGGCAACCAGUCAGAGUGAACAGUAACAUCAACCAGGUCAGUCAGUUCACUCAUUAAACAAGCCAACCUGCUCAACUGCUUCUAACAAGUCAUACAAGUUACACAUGAAAAACAGCAUUCAUAAUCACAAUAAAGGGAAUAUUAGGAAAUAUCACAGCAUUCAUUAUCACAAUAAAGGGAAUAUUAGGAAAUAUCACAGCAUUCAUUAUCACAAUAAAGGGAAUAUUAGGAAAUAUCACAGCAUUCAUUAUCACAAUAAAGGGAAUAUUAGGAAAUAUCACAAUGUCGCAAAGCAGUGACCUGCAACAUUUCAAUGUGAGUCAAACAAACAUUAUAGAAACCAUUUGGAAAUGUGUGACUUGAAAAAAAGAAACAAAAAGAAAACAUGUCGCUCACAUCUCUUUGAGGCCUCAGACAGGAAAUGUUCUUUAUUAUUAACAUAGUUAACAGGAAGUAGACUUACUGACUGUUGAGUCCUCACUCCCUCUAUCUGAAACAGCUAAUGAACACACAGAUCCCCAUCUGACCUCAAUCUAAACACUAAAGCACAUUUGGUAACAGAGAGAGUAUUAUCCCAUAGAAUGCCAGUUGCUGUCCAAAUGUCCUUAUUGAAAGUAUUUAUGCUCUGGUGAAGCACAAGUCUGUGGUGAGAUAGCGUGAAUAUCUCUGUCCAUGCAUUAUUACACCCUUCACUAGCUGCUGUCGUCCAAAUGCCAAAUCGCAUUAGCCUACUAUUAGUCUUUGUUUAUUGACGCUAACUUUUGACAGUACAUGAGCAUGUGUAUAAGUAGACAAAGUAAAGAUAUGCUCAUUCCCUCUUGCCCCAACAGCUUUCAUUAACAUAUUCCUUAUUUUCUUUUAGGGGCAAUGUAUAGUUGUACUGAUGUGUUGGGGUAACAUAUGUGGGGUAACAUUGGCUUAUCAGUGAAUUCCAGCAAUUAUUUUAGAACCAUACUGCAAAUUCAAGAACCACAAAUUUAUCCUCAAAGUAAAGCACACACACAAGCACACAUCAAAGACUCAAUUUCCAUUUGAAUUUGUGGACUUAAUACUGAUGUAUUCAGAAGGGCAGCAGAGUGAAUAUGUGUAAUAUGUUUGGAAGAACUGUAGGGGCAGUAAUGGGAGAGCAGAAUUUCUGGAGUGCCAUGCUUAUGCUAACACACACCCUCUUCUACAUGUGUGUUAAUAAAUAUUACAGUAUUGGGUGUGUUUAUGCAUGUAGGGGGAAUUCAGGCCACAACUCUGCAAGUUCCAAAGUGCUGAACACGUUAAAAUCACAAAUGUCAGUGUUUUCAUGAGGUGAACUGUAAGAAAAAUAAAUACACUGGAAAUAAAACACUUGAACUAUCAUGACCAAGAAAUAAAACACUUGAAUUCA